AUGGCUUUCUCACCAAAAAUCAAUGACACUACAGCUGCUACUGGCACUACCAUCUUGAGGGCAUCUAAAGUUGUCAUUCGCGUCGGAUCUACCUACAAUGACCGCGGAGGCUCAAAGCAUGAGACGUCCAAGUUCGUGGUUCACGAGAGCUAUACCUUACCUUUUAACGACGUGGCAGUGUUGGUGCUGUCGGACAGUAUAAGCAAUUACCGGAGCAGCUCGGUGCAGCCAGCCGUCAUCCCCCCGGGGGGGUAUGUGGUCCCGGACAACGCGUCUGUGGUAGCUGUCGGGUGGGGAUGGACUGAUACGAACUGCAGCAAGUCAAGCCCCCUCGGCCUGCGGCGCGUGGGGCUGCGCAAGGUGGACCGAGACACCUGCGCCGCGCGUCAUCCGAGAUACUUCUCAUACAACAUCAUGCUCUGCGCGGGGCUGCUUGGUGUUGGAGGAGCCGGCACUUGCAAGGGUGACUCCGGUGGUCCCCUGGUGUACAACGGGGUGGUGGUGGGGGUGACCUCAUUUGGUAGGAGAUGCGGCGAUUCCUUCUACCCUCACGUGUUCACGCGCGUCUCUAGCUACACCAACUGGAUCAACAACACUGACAAAACCAGGUUGAGGUUGUGCACAAGCACAGUCACAACACCGCAGUGGCUGCUGACGUCAGCAGUUUGA